CGCUUGUAGUAUCGACCGUAAAUACACUCUACAGUUUGAGAGGAAGUCUGCGAACGUUUUUUUUUAUUUUUUAUUACAUUAAUGUGUGAAAACGUUGAACCUUUACGCGCAAUAAUGAUUGAAAUAUCAACGAUUAUGUUAUUAAUAACCAGUGUAGCUUGUGUUUUUUUACUGGUUAUAGGGAUAACGUUAAUGAUUUUAGCAAAACGAUUGGGAAUAUUUUACCAGUUAAAGCAUUCAGUUCAUGACACUUCAGAGAGGCAUGGAGGAGAACUAGUUGCACAGACACUAAAAGAACAUGGGGUGAAGUUUAUCUUUACUCUUGUGGGAGGCCACAUUUCACCCAUCUUGGUUGCUGCUGAGAAAUGUGGUAUAAGAGUUGUAGACACACGGCAUGAGGCAACUGCAGUAUUUGCAGCUGAUGCUGUAGCUCGUCUAUCUGGAUCAGUAGGUGUAGCAGCUGUCACUGCUGGACCAGGUUUGACGAAUUCUGUGACAGCUGUUAAAAAUGCUCAGAUGGCUGAAUCACCUGUUUUACUAAUAAGUGGAGCAUCAGCAUCUAUUUUGAAGGGACGUGGUGCUCUGCAAGAUAUAGACCAGAUGUCUCUCUUGAAAUCUCUUUGUAAAUUUACAGCAUCUGUAACAACAGUUAGAGACAUAAUAUCUACUCUGAAAAAAGCCAUAAAAGUUUCACAAUCAGGUACUCCAGGUCCUGUAUUUAUUGAGUUUCCAAUUGAUGUUUUAUACCCCUAUCAUAUUGUUAAGAAAGAAAUUGGGUUGAAAGAGGCUAAAACCCUCACACACCAAAUAACAAAUUGGUACUUACAGAAAUACCUUGACAACAUAUUUGCAGGAGGUUUUGAACAACAUGACAUGACCCCCUUACCUGUAGAAAUUCUCCAGGCUAACCAGAAUAAAG